GCUGGGCUCAUGCUUCGGGCACUGCAUCGUCACUUCGCCCUGCUCUUCACUCCUCACUCAUCUCUGGUCUCCAAGCCGUCCUCACCGCCGGCGCACGUGCUCAAUGGCCGCCAUCGCGUCAGCUCGACCACCACAGGUCGACAUAGUCCUUUUCCAGAGCACCCGCUCGCCUGCACCGCCCCAGGCUCCAGCAUGAACGAUUCAUGGAACCCGAAUGCGCUGCCUUUCCAGCCUGGUGGCUUUGGCCGUCGAGAGCAGGAUUUGGGCGCUUUUGAGAACCAGCUUCCUCCCCCUCACCCUCCUCAGGCCCCUCAAGGACCCCCGGGCCCAUAUGGAUCGCCAGGAGCCCUGUGGAAUAACAACUUUCCCAUGCCACCUCCGCUGAUGCCGCCCCCUGUAUCUCCGCACAUGUUCAACAACCCACAAGCAUACGGCGACUAUGGAGCCCACCUCCACGCGCAGGCCUACCAUCAGUGGAUGAUGCACAAUGGUCAUGGAUAUCAUGCCCCUCCACCUCCGCCUCCUCCCCCACUAAACUAUCCACCAGGUCCAGAUGCUUUGGCAGGACAUCCGCCUCCGCAUAUGCAGCAACAUGGACCACCACCAUUUGGACAGCCACCGCCGUUUGGGCCUCCGUUCCACCAUGGCCCUCCGCCAUUCAUGCAUCAUCAGCAACGACAGAUGUUUGGAAAUCGGGCGCAGCAUCACGCAAUGCACACUCAGGCAAACUUUCCCCCAGGUGCGAGGAACGAGGACAUACAGGCGCCAAACUACCCAGGCAAGAAGUCAAAGUCUGUGAAUGCUGCCAAUGGCCAAGCCAAGCAGAAAGAUGUAUCCAAAGGACCCAAGCAAACUCUUGCUACUGAAAAGAAGGGACGUUAUGGUGACGAGAAGAUCAUGCUUCCUGCGCCACAGCCCACAGAGGAGUACAUGGAGCAGUCUGCUGGAGAACCGUCUGAAACCGAGACCCCCGGCCCGAUGUUGGUCAUUUUGGACCUCAACGGUACAGUCCUGUACCGGCCCAACCGUAAUGCGAAGACUAUGAUCGAGCGUCCGUUCUUGAAGCCCUUUCUACGCUACCUGUUCGAGAACUUCAAGGUCAUGGUUUGGUCAAGCGCCAGACCUGACAAUGUCAAGUCGCUCGUUAAUCAAGCUCUGGACAACGAUCUGCGCUCAAAGCUCGUAGCUCAAUGGGCGCGCGACAGCUUCGGUCUAUCCCCGGCAAACUAUCAGCAAAAUGUCCAAGUGUACAAGAACUUGAAACUAGUAUGGAGCCGUAGUCAAAUCCAGUCGUACCACCCGGACUAUGAGGCUGGAGGUCGCUUUGGUCAGCACAACACGGUUCUCAUUGACGACAGUUCCAUCAAGGCUAGCGCCCAGCCAUAUAACCUCCUCGAAAUUCCAGAAUUCUCAGCUACGCCUGAACAGAUGCAGGGCGACGUACUGCGCGAGAUAGCUGGUUAUUUGGAAGUGCUGAGGAAGCAGUCGGAUGUCUCCAAAUUCAUCAGAAAAGUCCCGUUUGUGGAAGGUGGUCAAUGGACGUUUGAGUGGCCUGACAGUAUUGCGGGUGGUGGUGAAAUGACUGCCAAGGCUUCUGCUCCUACGCUCAGUAAGAAAAAAAAGAAGAAGCUAGCCCAUGCUGCAGCAGCUGCAGUAGCUAAAGCUAACGUCCCAGUGUCACAGGCCCCCUUGUCGGAUGCGACUGACACUGUGGCCUCAGUGCCGUUGAUAGCCUCAGUGCCGUUGGUAGGCUCAGUGCAAAAGGACUGGUAGACACGUUUCCCGCUUUAAUAUGCCACGAAACGGCCACGUCUCCAAGUUUGUUAUGCGAUGCCGGCGUUUGGGGCAACAAAAGUCUUGCACGGAAAGUUGAUACCAUUUGGGCAUCUAGCCUCUGUUAGAACGAGACAAGAAAAGCGAGCAUCAUGUAUAUCUUUUGAGCGAUUAUACCACCUGGCGACUGUUCUGCAGCGUUUUUUUGUAAAGGAAUGGUUAUAUUCCUGCUUAUCUCCUUGAUCCGGACAACCCUUGGUCCGUGGUCCGUAAUCCUAGCAGCCAUUCUAAAGGUCGCCUUCGUAGCUUCAGUAGCGAGCAGCAACAAGCUUGCUUGGGUAGGGCAAAUGUCUUGUAGAAGUAAUACCAUGCGUACAAUCGAGGAUCCCCC